GUUCAUGCUCAAAAAGUUUCCGGUUCAACAAUGGCAGCCACCAUAUGGGUUGCCUAAAGAUCGGCAUGUUGUACCUCUACUCAGGAACAUUAACUCCUUCACAAGCGGCUGUGCAGUUUUGGGAGGCUGUUGUUUCGUUUUGUUGCCCGUGCAAUGGAAACGAAUAAGCAGGAUUUCAUGGUGCACUACAAGAACAUAUCCUCGAAACUCAAAAAACGGUUCCUUCGCAAACCCAACUUGGCCGAAGUCAGCGACCAAUAUACUGCUUUGGGGAAACAGCUUCAGCACCUGGACUGCCCUCACUAUGCCGGCAUGUGCAGCCUUGCGGCCGCCAAGUGCGAGCAGUCGACGGGCAACGCAGCUGCGGAGGCCCAAUCGCUCGCGCUGGGGGCACGCCAGUUCUUCGAGGCCGAGGCGAGCAACCACGCGCUUCUGUGCCCCUCGCUGGAUGAACACCUGGCGAAUGCCCUGCACUGCUACUCGAGAGCUGUCGACCUGUACAUCGAGCUCCCCGAGCCGGCACUGGCGGCUGCCCUGUGCAUGGAGGCGGCGCACAAACUGCGAUCGAUCGAGCGAUCGGCCCUGGCGGUGUCAUUCCUGCAGCGGGCCGUCAAGCUCCAGAAACCGUGUGCCCUGGACUAUGCGGAUGCUCUUCAAGAACUGGCUUCUUGUCAAGUGGAGUUGGGUGACUACUCGGGGGCGCUGGAAUCACUCACCGAGGUUUACGGAAUUGCACAGGAAAAAAGUAUGUACAACGGCAUUCCCAUGGGAGUAUUUGCGAGCAUGCUGGCGUCAGCCGAAGUUUCGAGACUCCUGCUUUUACUCCUCUUGCAGCCUCCAACCCAGAAGAUGCCGGCGGAGCAUGCCCGUCUGCUCGACCGUUACCUCUACGACAGCCCCCAGGAGCUGAGCCCAAGCAAGCCAAGCUACCUCAGCGAGGACGUGUUCCUCUUGCUGCGAUCACUCGUGAUGGCUUUCGAAAGCAAGGACCGGGAGGCAGUCAAGACGCUGCAAGAUCACCUCUGGUCCCAGCUGACAGCCGAACAAAACGACCUGCUGCACGAAGCCGUGGAUCGGCUGUGCAACUGACUUCGGACGGCAUCCCCCACCUUCGACGGACCGGCUCGACUUUUUCGCGUGGUCGGCAUGGCAGUAUGGUAGACAUACCAGUUGAAGACUCAUUCCAUUCACCCCAGCAUUAGCAAUGACCCGCGAUGCGCGUGACGGAACACAAUCUCUGGGUGUGGGCUUGAAAUUUGUCUUCCGUGGGAGAGAGGGUCGACGGCGUAAGCAGACUGUGACAAAGUUUGUUGGUCAAGAAGAGAGUUUAUUAGCUCGAGGAUGUUCGGCGUAAACGUUGACGCCGGACGAAAAUGACUAGGCUCCACGCUUUUUGCGACAUUUGGAAAUCGUGGUGCAAGAGUGGCGUUUGCAUUUGUGCUGGCACAAAUGCUGCUCUUAGACAGUGUAAAGAGGAAGAUAGAGGAGGUCUUGCGACACCCUUUUGAUGCAAUAAAAAGAGCAAUUUA